AUGCAUGGCCCGUGGACACGUGGACUGCACACGUGCAGAAUUCGGUCAUCUCCGUUGCAAAAUCUCAUCAUAGCAAUUGAAGACAAGGGAAGGAAAUCUUGUUCAUCAAUGGCAACCACCGCAGAGAAUGAAGUAUCUGCACUGAAACAAAAGUUGCAGGAUUUGGUUAAGAGUAUCGUGGACAAUGAUGAUUACCCCGUUCAAGCCGCCAACGAGGCUAUCCAUGCUCUUUCUACUCUCAAGGAUUUGAAAUGCACCACUCCUCUCUCAACCAACUUGGAUGAUUCAGGCGUACCUUCGCACUAUCGAUGCCCUCUCUCCAAUCACUUGAUGUCAGAUCCUGUUAUAUUGACCUCUGGACAGACUUUUGAUCGUCCAUUCAUCCAGAAUUGGCUGAAUCGGGUCCACGGAAUGUGCCCUCAGACCCACCAAGUCCUCUCUCACGUUAUUCUUACUCCUAAUUUCUUGCUCCAAAGCAUGAUCUCAAACUGGUGCAAACUGAGCGGAGUUGACAUUCCGAAGCCUGUUUUUGACAUUCACGACGAACAGGUAACCGAGGCACACAGACACCGUUUGCGUUCAUUGCUCUUCAAGCUGUCACUGUCAGUUUCUGAACAGAAAGAAGCUGCAAAAGAGCUUCGCCAGUUAGCAAAACAAAUGUCCGGAAUUCGAUCACUCUUUGGGAACUUGCAAAUGAUUCAGCUAUUGAUCCGUCCGUUAUCAUCCGGCACAGCUUCUGUGGACACCGAUCUCCAAGAGGAUUUGAUUUCUACUCUUCUAAAUCUCACAAUUAACGAUGUCAACAAGAGGGUGUUCAUAGAAAACGAAAGCGUCAUCACCGUUCUCAUUGAUUCAUUGAAAUGCGGAACAGUUGAAACAAGAAGCAAUGCAGCUGCUGCUUUUUCCUCAUUAUCAUCUCUUGAUUCAAACAAGCACAUAAUUGGAAAAUCUGGAGCUAUAAAACCCUUGGUGAAUUUACUAGAGGAGGGAGACCCAUUAGCCAUGAAAGAUGCUGGUUCAGCCUUGUUCAAACUAUGUUUUGCCCGUGAAAAUAUAGCGAGGACCGUACGAGAAGGGGUAGUGCAGGUUAUUCUUGGCAAGAUCGUUGACCAUGUUCUUGUUGAUGAGUUGUUGUCACUGUUGGCACUUUUGGCUACACACGCUAAAGCCGUUGAAGAGUUGGUGAGUCACGGUGGUGUCCGUUUCUUGCUUGAUAUCUUGAGGGAUAACACAGAGGAACGCAUCCAGGAGAACAUUGCUGUUAUUCUACAUCUAGUCUGUUGCCAUGACAAAGAAAAAAGAGAGGAGAUUAAAGAGGAAGAAAUGGUCCAUAGCACACUCUCUAAGCUUGAACAUAACGGGUCCUCAAGGGCUAAAAGAAAAGCUAGCUCCAUCCUUCAGUGUCUUGGCAUAGAUUAUUCCACUUCGCGAUACACUCAAAUUUCAGAGUUGGUCCGUGUGAAAGGCACGGUAGGACUUAACCGUACAAAGGAAUUGCAAUAUUAUACACUCAAGACGCACUAUGUCGAGAGUGAUGGUAAUGAGCUUGUGGAGGAGUGUAGUUUGGUUAACGUCACCAUCAAUGAGGAAGAGAACAAGAUAGAGUAG